GCCGGCGGCUGGACGGGAGCGGAGCGGAGCCGCGGCGCGCUGCCUGCCCGCCCCGUCCCGACCCGACCCAUGCGCUGAGGGGCGGCGGGAUGGGGCUGCGGGGCGGUGGCGGCCGUGCCGGGGGACCGGCUCCCGGCUGGACGUGCCUGCUGCUGUGCGCCGCGCUCCGGAGCCUGCUGGCCAGCCCGGGCAGCGAGGUGAAUUUACUGGACUCACGCACGGUAAUGGGGGAUCUAGGAUGGAUAGCCUACCCAAAAAAUGGGUGGGAAGAAAUUGGUGAGGUGGAUGAAAACUAUGCUCCGAUACACACAUACCAAGUAUGCAAGGUAAUGGAACAGAAUCAGAACAACUGGCUUCUGACCAGCUGGAUCUCUAAUGAAGGGGCAUCCCGCAUCUUCAUUGAACUCAAAUUCACCCUGAGGGACUGUAACAGCCUUCCAGGAGGACUUGGGACUUGCAAAGAGACUUUUAACAUGUACUACUUUGAGUCAGAUGAUGAAGAUGGGAGGAACAUCAGAGAGAAUCAGUACAUCAAGAUAGAUACCAUUGCUGCUGAUGAGAGCUUCACGGAGUUAGACCUCGGUGACAGAGUUAUGAAGUUAAACACAGAGGUGAGAGAUGUUGGGCCUCUAACAAAAAAAGGAUUUUACCUUGCUUUCCAGGAUGUGGGUGCCUGUAUCGCCCUGGUCUCUGUGCGCGUGUACUACAAGAAAUGCCCAUCAGUGAUCCGCAACCUGGCACGCUUUCCAGACACCAUCACAGGAGCAGAUUCCUCACAGCUGCUAGAAGUUUCAGGCGUCUGUGUCAACCACUCGGUGACUGAUGAGGCACCAAAGAUGCACUGCAGCGCUGAGGGAGAGUGGCUGGUGCCCAUCGGGAAGUGCUUGUGCAAGGCAGGGUAUGAGGAGAAGAACAACACCUGCCAAGUAUGCAGACCUGGGUUCUUCAAAGCUUCACCCCACAGUCCAUCCUGCAGCAAAUGUCCCCCUCACAGCUACACGCUUGAUGAAGCAUCCACAUCUUGCCUGUGUGAAGAGCACUAUUUUAGGAGGGAAUCAGACCCACCUACAAUGGCCUGUACAAGACCCCCCUCUGCUCCUCGGAGUGCCAUCUCAAAUGUUAACGAGACUAGUGUCUUUCUGGAAUGGAUUCCCCCUGCUGAUACUGGUGGAAGGAAAGAUGUGUCUUAUUAUAUUGCAUGCAAGAAGUGCAACUCACACUCAGGUCUGUGCGAGGCGUGUGGCAGUCAUGUCAGGUACCUCCCCCAGCAAACCGGCCUGAAAAACACCUCUGUCAUGAUGGUGGAUCUGCUUGCUCAUACAAACUAUACCUUUGAAAUUGAGGCAGUGAAUGGAGUGUCCGACCAGAGCCCUGGAGCCCGGCAGUUUGUGUCUGUAAAUGUAACCACAAACCAGGCAGCACCUUCUCCAGUCAGUAGUGUGAAAAAAGGGAAGAUAACUAAAAAUAGCAUCUCCCUUUCCUGGCAGGAGCCAGAUCGACCCAACGGCAUCAUCCUGGAAUACGAAAUCAAAUAUUUUGAAAAGGACCAGGAGACAAGCUACACCAUCAUCAAAUCCAAAGAAACGACGAUUACGGCAGAUGGCUUGAAACCAGGCUCAGCAUAUGUCUUCCAGAUCCGAGCUCGGACAGCUGCUGGCUACGGUGGCUUCAGUCGAAGAUUUGAGUUUGAAACCAGCCCUGUUUCAGUAGCUGCAUCCAGUGACCAGAGCCAGAUUCCUAUAAUUGUUGUGUCUGUAACAGUGGGAGUUAUUCUGCUGGCUGUUGUUAUCGGUUUCCUUCUCAGUGGAAGUUGCUGCGAUCAUGGCUGUGGGUGGGCUUCUUCUCUGCGUGCUGUUGCCUAUCCGAGCCUAAUAUGGCGAUGUGGCUACAGCAAGGCCAAGCAAGAUCCAGAAGAAGAAAAGAUGCAUUUUCAUAAUGGCCACAUUAAACUGCCUGGAGUAAGAACCUACAUCGAUCCCCACACCUACGAGGACCCUAAUCAAGCCGUUCACGAGUUUGCCAAGGAGAUAGAAGCUUCGUGCAUAACCAUUGAAAGAGUUAUUGGAGCUGGUGAAUUUGGAGAAGUCUGCAGUGGGCGGCUGAAACUGCAGGGAAAACGCGAGUUUCCAGUGGCUAUCAAAACCCUGAAGGUGGGCUACACAGAGAAGCAAAGGCGAGAUUUCCUGGGAGAAGCAAGCAUCAUGGGGCAGUUCGACCACCCCAACAUCAUCCACCUGGAAGGUGUUGUCACAAAAAGCAAACCUGUAAUGAUAGUAACAGAAUACAUGGAAAAUGGUUCUCUGGAUACAUUUUUAAAGAAGAAUGAUGGGCAGUUCACGGUCAUUCAGCUGGUCGGGAUGCUGCGAGGCAUCGCGUCAGGGAUGAAGUACCUGUCUGACAUGGGUUACGUACACAGAGACCUCGCUGCCAGGAAUAUCCUCAUCAACAGCAACUUAGUCUGCAAGGUGUCCGACUUUGGCCUCUCCAGAGUCCUAGAAGAUGAUCCUGAAGCAGCGUACACUACCAGGGGAGGGAAGAUCCCCAUCCGAUGGACGGCACCUGAAGCAAUCGCUUUCCGCAAAUUCACGUCGGCCAGCGAUGUCUGGAGCUACGGAAUUGUGAUGUGGGAAGUGAUGUCUUACGGCGAGAGACCUUACUGGGAAAUGACAAACCAAGAUGUGAUUAAAGCCGUGGAGGAAGGCUAUCGCCUGCCAAGUCCCAUGGACUGCCCUGCUGCUCUCUACCAGCUGAUGCUUGACUGCUGGCAGAAAGACCGCAACAGUAGACCCAAGUUUGACGAAAUUGUCAGCAUGUUGGACAAGCUCAUCCGUAACCCAAGCAGCUUGAAGACAUUGGUUAAUGCAUCGAGCAGAGUAUCAAAUUUGUUGGUAGAGCACAGUCCAGUGGGGAGCGGUGCCUACAGGUCAGUGGGUGAGUGGCUGGAAGCCAUCAAAAUGGGCCGAUACACCGAGAUUUUCAUGGAGAAUGGAUACAGUUCGAUGGAUUCUGUGGCUCAGGUGACCCUAGAGGACGAAUCACCUUGUGAAAAGUGGAGCCUCACCCUCCACCCCCUCUUUCCAACUGGAUAUCAGACUUGAAGGAAACCUUUCCAGUGGACCAGACCUGCUCUUUAAACUUGUGGACCACCUAGUGACUUUGAGUGUGUCUGGAGCUCUUUCAAUCCACUGCAAGAAUAACUUUACCAGGACAAUACUCAAGAAUAGAUAGAUCCAUGACAUGAGUUUCAGUCUGAUAUUUGACUGGACCAAUUACUAACAAAACGUGGACUGCAUACUUACACCUUUUGAAAGAUCUGUACUCACCGAAUCUCAGGACACCCUGUUGUUUGUUAUUAGAUGAAGAACUCUGAAUAUUUGUAAUAAUAUGUGAUGUGUUGCUUUGCAUUGUAUUUUUUUCUUAUAAAAUAAAAUAAAUUAUUUAUUAAAAGUUAUACUGGAUGAAGAACAUUUAAGAGUUCACCUGCUCUGGAUGCUUAUUCUUAACCUAAAAUCUCAGUUCUGGAUAGUGAUGCCAUGUAUGCUUGUGAACAAACCAGUUCUCAUAUCAUAAUCAAAGAGGAUGGGAGUAACAAAUAAGAGCAGAUGAACUCUUAAAAAAAGAAAGAUCCUAAUGUCGUACAGAGGUCCCUAGUGAGUGGAUUCCUCUCUCCCUAGCGUCUUCUAAAGGUCUUUGAGGUUAUUCUUUCCCCUCAUUCAAACUGACAACUAACUCUGUGAGUAGUGCCCAUCUGCAUGGGCCAGUGUAGAAUUGCACCGCGUGAAGAAGAGUGCUGCAAUAUGGCUGGGGUGCGAGAUGAAAUGCAAAGUAAUCUCUGCUAGGCUGAUGGCUUCCAGCCAUGGAGAUCAUUCAGGAACCUGGCCCUUUUCCUUGCAUGAGUAAUGGAGUGGUGAGGGGUGUUGUAUUUUAUGUGGCAAUCCAGUCCUAGUCUACACUGUGUUUGACAAACUGGUCCAUGGUGUAUAAGUAGUUCUAUUUGUAAAUAAAAUGUUUUAAA